AUGGAAGGAACCAGAGAGGCAGAAGACGCAUUUUGGUGUGUGCUCGGAUAUUCCCAGGAGUAUCUUGACCGCGUACACAGAAAGGCCGAUGAGUACCGCGAAGCCGUGCUUGCUGCUGGAGGUAAAAUCGGUCCUCAAAUGUCGUUGGAAGAGGCAUCGGCCGUGUUGGCAUCGUACGAAUCAGACUCCGACCUCGACGACAAAUAUCUAGCACCACUGAGCCCGCCAUUGACACCCAAAGAGAGCGACGGGGGGUCAGAUUUCGCGGCGCCACUACCAUCAGGAACAGACAUUUCAAGAGAUGGAGGCAGUUUCAACCACCUCGAUGCAUCUCAAGGACCAUAUACGACUAUAUCUGAUGCCGAGAUGGAUGGACGAGAUGAAGCAACGUCUCCUCUUCCCACCCCAGCACAGUCCCAAUCAAUCGCCCACAGGAGACGACAUCGUCCAAAUGCAAUUAUAGUUUCAUAUCGAACCACCCGCUCCAAGGCGUCUUCCACCGCAACGCUGUUCUAUGAACUUGCAAGUGAUGGCCGCAUGAGUAGAUGCUCUUCUACCACAACAUCCCCAACCUACGACGCUUUCAGAAUGGAACUACCCCACCCUUCACGCCGGGCAAGAACCUCCCAUCAGUCUCAUGCACGUUCUUCCAAAUAUCGGAUCAAUAAGAGAAGAUGA